AAGAACAUUCCUGUGUCUUAAUUCCUGAUUCCUGAUCCAGUUAUUAUUGCUACAGCUGCCAGCCAGGAACCCACCAUCUUUAAUGAACAGGCCAGGGAUAGCAGGAAGGAAAGCUUGAAGAACAAGAACAAGUUAAAUCUGCCACCAACACUGCCCACUGAUCACAUGCCAAUAUUUACAGCCUACAGAAGGGAAGCUCCAAAAGUAGAGGGGAAGGACUCCGGAGCCCAACGGCUCCUUUACUUCCGUCUGGAACCACUUCUGCCUGAAACCACCCUCCUCUGACCACUCACUUCCUUCCUGGGCCAAAGGCGGGGCCAGAGAAACUAUCACAGCCUGAGUAAGCGGGUGUCCUCCUGCUUCCUCCCCUCCGGGAGCCCUCUACCUGUCUCAUGUCAGCCUCCACAUACACUUGUCUGCACAGGAAAAGCCGCCUGACAACAGGAUGGCUGUUCCAUGACACCUGAUCCAGACUGAGGCUUCCCCUGUCCCAUCAGUGCUCUGCCUCCCCCAGAUCAGCUUUGAGCUCAAGUCAAGCGGCAUUAACCACCUCACCUUCAUUUCCCUGCUCCCAGAGCAGGAGACUUCAACAGGAUGGCUGGCUGGUUCCGGCAGAUUCUGCAUAAACCCAAGAAACACCAUGCACGGUCAGAAAGCCACACUAACGAUGUCUCCGAGCUACCUUCCCAAAGCAGUUCUCUACCUCCAAGUCAGGAGUCUACCAGUGCUCCCACCCCAAAACUAGCAGACACAGACAGCAGGAGCAGUGGCUCUCGCUGGAGCAAGACUUAUGACGUGUGUGUGUGCCACAGUGAGGAAGACCUGAUACCUGCCCAGGAGCUGGUUUCCUAUCUGGAGAAUGAGCCUGAUGCACUUCGAUGCUUCCUGAAUCUUCGAGACGCAACCCCAGGCGGUGCCAUCGUGUCGGAACUGUGCCAGGCGAUGGGCAGCAGCCACUGCUGUGUGUUAUUUAUCACCCCCCACUUCCUUCAGGACCCCUGGUGCAAGUACCAAAUGUUACAAGCAUUAAGUGAGGCCCCUGGCUCAGAGGGCCACACCAUACCCUUGGUGACUGGCCUGGCUCGAAGCAAUUACCCCCCAGAGCUCCGAUUCAUGUACUAUGUGGAUGGCAAUGGUCCCGACAAUGGAUUUCCAAAGAUCUGCAAAAAUUUAGCUGAGAUAUAUACCCCAUCUCAUCACCGUGGAGCCCAGGAUGUUGGAGCAAGACUGGAAUUGGAGCUAGAAGGGACACUGAGGGUCUCCAAAAAGCUGUGGUGGAGAACCAGACAGGUGCUCUCAGGAUUCGUGGCCUCAAGACAUUUCUAUUCUGCCUCUGAGAUAGCCCACAGCUGGCUUCUCCAGUACUUGGGAUUUCCCUUCCUAAGUACCCAGAUAUGGCCAUGAGAAAAUUCAGGAUCAGAGAAAUUCCAGGCUGCUGCUAAUGCCACUUUCUUAGGAUGUUCCUUAGGCAGGAUGAAUAUGUGAUUUUGGUUUCUGUCCAGAAGGGAGUCUUGCAGAACCCCUAUCCCAUUGCAAGAUCUUCCCCUUCAGGCACAGGCACAUUUGUGUCGCUGCCCAAGUAGAGAGUUACUGAUCGGCUUCAUUGGGGAGGAUGUCAGAACACACUAAGAGACUCUGUAGACUAGGGAAUGCAGCUGAUGCCAACUCUUCCCCACAUGUGCCUCUCUUAUUCUCCUCUACCUUCUCCAACCCAAUUCAUAAAGCUCUUUAUAUAUAAGAA